UUUCGGCUUUUUAACUUCAGUCGGUAUCAAUUCCGAUCUCUGUUUCCUCUUAUUCACACUCAGAGCAAUAAUAGCUGCUGCUUCAUCCCUGUGAUACAGGACAUGGUCUUAACCAUUUUUUAUCUUGUUGAUUAUCAUUUUUCACCAUUUGUCUCCCAUGUCAUACAAUAGAAAGGGUACAAGCAGCGAUGGAAAAGGACACCAGAGAGCAAACAAUGACUUGGGAUGAGAUGGUGAAGGAAGAAGCAGCUGCUACUGCCCUGGGAGGAGCCAGGAGGGCUCAGAAGCAAUUUGUUGGAGUCCGGCAAAGGCCAUCUGGCAUAUGGGUGCCUGAGAUCAAAGACACCAUACGGAAGAUAAGAGUGUGGCUAGGCACCUAUGACACUGCUGAGGAAGCAGCCAGGGCUUUUGAUGAGGCAGGCUGCAUCCUCUGUGGUGCCAACACCAGGACCAACUUCUGGCCAUGUUCUCCAGCUUCUAAUCCUACCCCAGCUCUUCCUUCUAAGAUCACUAGCCUCCUUCUCCAAAGGUUGAGAGCCAGAAACAACACCUUUGCUUCCUUGCUAGAUUCUUCCUUGAUCAACAAGCAAGAAAUUCAAGGAGAAGACAUCUCCAAUGGCUACUACAUCAGUAAUACUACUGCAAAUGCUUGUGAUUACUUGACAACGAGUCUAGAAUCAUGUUUAACAAAGAAGGCGGAUUCUAGUGGGAGAGAUUUGGGGUUGGAUUAUUGCAAUUUCAGUGAUGCUGCUCAAUCUUCCAGGUGUGACGACAUUAUUGAAGAGCCAGUGGAGGCAGAGAAUUUCUCGAACAAGCCCUCAGUGUUGAGAGCUGCCAUGAAGAGAAUGAAGUACGAGAGGAAGUUCUCUACUUCUUUUUAUGCUUUCAAUGGAAUACCAAAGUGUUUGAGGCUGAGGUUCGGGUUAGAAAAUGUCAAGGGUGGAAGAGUAAAAGCUGAACUGUCCAUUCAAAGUCUAGAGGACAAGAAAGGAGAAGGAAUUGAAAAUGGAGUGAUAGGGAAGAAAGUGGAGGAGAGCCUGGAUUCUCCCAACAGCUCAGUGGAAACAGGAUCUUCUUCAAGCAAUGAAGGUGAAUUUUGUCUGUGGAGCUCACUUGAUCUUCCAACUAUCUGUUAACUGAUGGAUAUAACUGGUACUGCUUCGAUUCCUGGUGUUAGUUCUGAUAUUCUGAGAUAGGUUGAGGGAACAAUGACAUAUUGCCACGUAAUGAUGAGUUUAUAACCCUGAAAUUUGUUCCCUCUUUCAUGUUCAUGAAUCAUGAAUUUUACGAGCAAUUAUUCUAAUUUCUGUUACUUUAUCAAGAUAGAUAGAGACUUGUGAAAGCCAAUAAAGCAUUUGUGUAGUG